AUGCCAUCAAAUUUCGAACAGUUGGAACCGUGCUCUUCAAAUGGCGACGAUUCUUCGGAAAAUUUGCCCGAUUUGCUAUACGAUUCACGUAAACGGUGCCAUUAUGCAUCAACAGCAUUUCUGGGCAAGGGAGGAUUUGCUUCCUGCUUUGCUGCGUGCGAGAAACCAUCUUCUUUGAAAGUGGCACUGAAAAUUAUCCGAAAAAGUCGUUUGACCCGUGAAGCGCAAUGGGAGAAGAUACGAAAAGAGAUUAUAAUACAUCAGUCACUGAACCAUCCAAAUAUUCUGAAAUUUUACAAUUAUUUCGAAGAUACAAUCAAUAUCUGUAUGGUUCUUGAACUGUGCCAGGGAACACUUCUUUGCCGCAUCAAAAAUUCACCUGGUAUGCUUUUCUCUGCUCUUUUCAUUUCAGCUAUUCCUGUGUGUAGGAGCAUCUCAGUAACAUCGCUAACACGGGUACUCGGAGUGUCAAGCCAGACGGCUUUGAUAUUCCAAAACUGA